GAAUUUAUAGAGGUUCGGUCCAACCACUUGGAGCCUAGUCCUCUACCUUGGCUUCACUCACCAAGGAUUUCCUCCACACUCUUCACUAAGAAAGACAAGGGUGGCUUAAAGGAGCCACUCAAUCCUUUUACAACAAGAUGAGUAUUUCUCUCAUACCUCACCCCUUUACAAUGUAAACCCCACAAAUCCUCUCAAUAGAUCACUCUUGAAGGAAUUAACCCACCCCCAAGAUCACUCACUAAAAGCACAAGAAGAGGAUUACAAGCAAUGAUCACUCAAAGAUCAAAAACUCAAGUUAAAGCUCAAGUAGGUAGGACACAAAGCUCGAGUUGCAGGAUUGUUAGGGAGCCGGCUCUGUACAGCAGGCUUUGCGGGAUUCCUGCACAUUCUGUUUUCCUCGAGAGCCGGUUCUUCUCGAAGAUAGCACACUUCAUUCCAUGUCAUAAAACUGACAAUGCAACCAAUAUUGCGGAUCUAUUCUUCAAGGACGUUGUUCGUUUACAUGGCAUUCCAAGGACCAUCGUUUCUGAUCGCGAUGUCAAGUUCUUGAGUUACUUUUGGAAGACAUUGUGGGGAAAACUGGGAACUAACCUACUGUUUUCGACUACUUGUCAUCCACAAACUGAUGGACAAACAGAAGUGGUUACUAGGACAUUGUUAACCUUAUUGCAUUCUAUUAUUCAGAAGAACUUGAAAAACUGGGAAGAGUGUUUGCCGCACAUUGAAUUUGCUUAUAAUCGGAGCGUCCAUUCAGCAACUAACUGUUCACCAUUUGCAGUUUUGUAUGGUUUUAAUCCACUUACUCCUUUAGAUUUAUUGCCUUUACCUAUUGAUGAACAAGCUAGUUUGGAUGGGAAGAAGAAAGCUGAAGCGGUUAAGCAACUGCAUGAGAGGGUGCGACAAAACAUAGAGCAACGAACUGAGCAGUAUGCAAAACAAGCCAACAAAGGACGCAAGAAAGUUGUAUUUGAACCUGGAGAUUGGGUUUGGGUGCAUAUGCGCAAGGAGCAAUUCCUUGCACAAAGGCAUUCUAAGCUAUAACCAAGAGGCGAUGGACCAUUUCAAGUGAUUGCGAGGAUUAAUGACAACGCAUACAAGUUGAAGCUUCCUGAUGAGUAUAAUGUUAGUGCUACUUUUAAUGUUUCUGAUCUUUCUCCUUUUGAUGUAGCUUGUUUUGUCUCUGAUGUGGUCAUGUUUCUGUAAUCCUGCUAGUGGGGGUUAAACGCUAGCACAUGUCGGCACAUGUCGAUAUGUUAUUGAUAGAACCGAUUCGCUUCUGUAAUCCUACUAGUGGGGGUUAAACACUAGUAAUUCAUGUAGCCUGCCAGUGGGAGGUUUAAACACUGGCCAUGACCUAUAGAGGAGACGUCUAUUUCGUUCCCGUACUGUAUCCGUUUUUCAUGAUUGCACUUGUUGGCAUGCUAUAAGUUUAAUAAAGGGCACUCCAUAUUUUAUUUACUGAGUUAUCUCAUAGUUUUUCCUUGUCUACCAUUUUAGGAAGUGAAAUCGAGGAUGGGGAAACCACGGGAAGUGACGAGUUAGAAGGCUAGCCAUUUCGAGAUUGAUAUAGGUUUUAGAAAUAAAUUAUGAUCUGUAAACCAGAGUGUAUUUGGAGAUUUUAUGAUAUCAGAUGGAAGAUGGGCAACCCUCUACUUGUAAGAGAUUCAAGGCUAUUUUAGCAAAUGUUGUGUGUUUUCUAGAUGUGUUUUAGGAGCUGGAUAACUUGGAAGUGAAACCGAGGAUGGGGAAACCACAGGAAGUGACGAGUUAGAAGGCUAGCCAUUUCGAGAUUGAUAUAGGUUUUAGAAAUAAAUUAUGAUCUGUAAA